AUGGCAUGCAUUUCUACCACCCUUCGUUCAUCCUUCCCUUCGUUCAUCCUUCCUCAGGAGCUGCUGGCGGCAGCAGCUAGCCCGUCGCCCGGCCUGGUGGCAGGCGCCGCCGCCAACACGCUUGUUUACACAGCAGGCAUCCGCAUUCUGCUGGCGGGGCUGACCUGGGAGGGCGUGUUCACCUCCUGGGUGCUGGGCACCCUCACUUACUCCGCUUUCGGCCCAGGGGCCUACCUCAUUGUCUGCACCUACUUCCUGGUCGGCUCCCUGGUGACCAAGGUCAAGCUGGAGCAGAAGCAGCGGGAGGGGAUUGCAGAGGCGCGCUCGGGGCGGCGCUCAUUGGGCAGCGUGCUAGGGUCGGGCGCUGCAGGCAUCGUUUGUGCAGCGGCCGCCUUGUGGCUUGGCGACCCCUUCCCCUGGCGGGUUGGCUUUGCGGCCAGCUUUGCUUCCAAACUGGCUGACACCACCUCGUCGGAGAUUGGCAAGGCCUAUGGCCGCACCACCUAUCUGAUCACCAGCCUGCAGCGUGUGCCGCGUGGCACCGAGGGCGCGGUCAGCCUGGAGGGCACCAUGGCGGGUGUUGCAGCGGCGGCGGGGUUGGCUGGUUUGGCCUUCGCUCUGGGCCAGGUGUGUGGGGUGGAUGCCCGCGGUGCGUUCGCGAUCACCGCUGCUGCCUUUGUUGCCAACCUGUUUGAGAGCUGGCUAGGGGCCACGGCGCAGGGCCGCUUGGCCUGGCUCAGCAACGAUGUGGUCAACGUGCUGCAGAUCUCGGUGGCGGCGUUGCUGGCCAUGGCUUUGGUGCAAGGGUGGGUCGUUUCUGUUGGGAUCCCGGGAUGA